CCCCGGUAAGCCCCCCCACCCCACUCUUCUCCGCGCGCUCUCCCUCUCUCCCUUUGCCCCACGUCGCGCGCCCAGGAGCCGCCGCCAUGCCCGCCUGCCCGCGCGAGCGAGCGAAACGAAACGAGUCGAGACGAAACGAGACGCGCGCGUCUAUUUUCGGGCCUCGCUGCUCUCACCAGGCUGACCACGCGCCGCGGAGGAGGUGAACCGGAGAGAGAAGAAGACCCCCUCCCCCUUCCCCUCUCAUCGGCAUGUCCCGCGAGAACAGCAGCAGCAGCAGCAGCACCUCCGUCGUCGCCGCCGCCGCCUCCUCCUCCGCGUCCGCUUUCGCUCUCGCGCUCGUGCUCCUGCUGAGCUUCGUGGUCGGCGCCGCGCGCUCGUACCCGAUCAACGCGACGGCGGCUGAAGUGAGCGCGCGCGAGAGAAACGUCGUCGUAGCGGCGCUCCCGCGCGUCACCUGGGAGAGGGACUAUCUGCUGGGUGUGAAGAGGGUGCGGAGGCUCUACUGCAACACGGGCAUCGGGUUUCACCUGCAGGUGCUCCCGGACGGAGCGAUCGGCGGCGCACACGACGAGAACCCAUACAGUCUGAUUGAGAUCUCGACGGUAGACAGAGGAGUGGUUAGUCUCUAUGGGGUGAAAAGUCAGCUGUUUGUGGCAAUGAACAGAAGAGGAAGGUUAUACGGAACGAGAGUCUUCCGUGAUGAGUGCAAGUUCAAGGAGACAUUGCUUCCAAACAACUACAAUGCCUACGAGUCUUCCAUAUACAAGGGCUACUACAUCGCCCUGAGCAAACAUGGCCGCCAAAAAAGAGGCUACAAGGCCACGCCGGCUAUGACUGUCACGCAUUUCCUCCCUCGAUUAUGAGCAACACUGGCAAUAACUCAUUCAUUUUGCACAUUUUGGACAUUCACGCAGGUAACUUAUACAUACGUACAUGGCAAGAGAUUUACUGCAGAAGAAACUAAACUAAACUUAACGUAGUAAUAUUUAUUCUCGUUAAACAAAAUAUAUGUAUAUUUGGGUAGCUAACUUUGUGUCUGACUUUGUGUAAAUGCCAUUCUUUGCUGCUUAUAAUUUCUAUUAUGGUUAUAUGAGGGACGAGGAGCUUUUUUUUGCCCCCUCUCAAUUUUUAUGGGUGCUUGCCAUAACUGGUGUGUAAACCUUACCCUGUCUUCAGAAUGAACUAACAUCUCCAGCUUUCAGAAGUGAAAUGGAUACAUUUUAUUACCUCACAAAGCCACUUAUGGACUGAAAGUGUGCAUAAAAAAUGCACAGUGGAGAAAAAAAAAGAAAAGAAAAAGAUAGAACUGUUUACUUUCAUCUUUGUCUGUUCCACCAUUUUGUAAAAGGGAUGUGGGCGCCUGAGACUGCUGCAUUCCUUUCUUGCAUGGUGGUGCCUUAGCUUCCUAAACUGUGGCUUCUCUUAAACAUGCAUGCUAAAAAGACGUCCUACUAUCAGAAACUUGAAGGUAGCUCUUCACUUCUUAUAGUCUUCAUACUUGGAUCAGUAAUCUACUGGAGAACCUGUGAAUCGGCAAAGCUUUCAGAAGAAGCUGCAUUGGGAGCUAAAGCUUAUAAAGAUCGUAAUGUCCUUCACAGCGAGACACGUCGUUCGAGACUCUUGAGGGUCUUUCUGAUGACUGGGAAAGGGUUAGGGUGCUUUUGUUUGAUUUUUUUUUUUAGCCGAGCCAGUGACUGUAUUCUGUGAUGUAUUUGCAAAGUAUUAAGACGAAGGGAAACAAGUUAAUCUUGGUGUUUGAGGCACCUUAUGACCCAAGAUUGGCUUUUAGUGCAGUUCUAGCUUUCAUGACGACAAAGAAACUGCUCAUUUAAUUAGGCAGUCUGGGAAACCAUCAGUUACAAGGAUCUUUUAUGUGUCUGUUGGUAACCCUGCCAUUAAGCUGCAUUAUUUGUGCUGCUCUAUGGCAUUAAACAAAAAAAAAACACUGUCCCCAUAAUGUCAUCCGUAAAUGCAGAUUGUACACUAUUGUACACAAAAUACCUUAAAAUAACUUAAAAUUCUGGAAUAUAAAAACCAGUAGGUUUUUUGCAACAGACCCCCACCCAAAACAAGACCAAAUAAAAGUUCCCCCAACAUUAAAUUGAAUCAUUUUAUUAGCUCAAUAGCUGAAGUCAGGGUAUUAGAAUACUUAUGGAUAAAUAUCGAUAUAUUUUUAGAUGCACUCAAGCAACCUACACAAUACAUAUCACGUGAACUACUUCUCCUUAUGGUUUCGCCAAAACACUGCAUGCAUUAAUGUUCCAGCUGAAAUGGAGAAGAAAUUCAUUUUGUGAUUUGAUGCAAUGUUUUGAAUAAUCUGAUGCUAGUGCUAGUGGUUUUGCAGUGGUUCUGCAGCAGCUGUGAUAUUCACGUUCACAUGGGAAGAAGGUUUGCUAGUAAAGGAGUUUCUGCAGGGCACAUGCAGGGAGUAUUGCCCUGCUGCUUUCUCUCUCUCUCUCUCUCUCUCUCUCUCUCUCUCUCUCUCUCUGCCAGCCACCCACCUACUGCUGCAGCAGCACCCAGCAGCUCUAUUGGGAACAGAUCGACUUACAUGGUGGUUAAAAGCCACCUGGCUUUGUCUAAUUUCGCCCUCUCUUGCUUUAAUGUCUCUGACAGGAGGCACUGGGUGAAGCAGCAAAAAUGGUGGAGCAGAAUGCCUGAUUAAAGUCCUUGACAAUGAAUUUUCUGUAUAUUUGAAUGGGAAAUGCUUACGUAUAUGGUUCUUCCCUCAAAAUGAAAACUGUAGCAGUAGUCACCUCUUGGCUGUUUAUAUAAAGUGCCGGUCAAGACAGCUCUAAUAGCUCAACAACUAUGCUUUCUUAAUUCUUUGUACCCGAAAAUAGGCAUGCAGUAUGAUUGUUCUUGAAAAAAAAAUCUAAAUGAUUGCAUUUUCAUGUAUGUGAUUGGUCAUUAUAGUUUGUACUGAUCACCAGUUUCCUUUUGUUCACGGACAGCACAGAACUUAUCCGGCGAGGAUAUUGCUGGUGUUGACACUGAGAUAGGAAAGGCAUCUAGCAUGGUUUCAGUGCACAACUCUGAAUAAUUUAAAAAAUAAAAAAGUCGUAUGUAGAAGAAUGGAUCACUGGGCUACAGAAAUGGCUAUGUCUCUUGCAAGUGUUGCUGGAUUUCUUGUACUGUACUCACUGUAUCUGCAGCUUGGGAAUGGUGCCCCCCUGUGGCGCGAGAAAUCUUUGAUGGUGAAGGGUGCAUGUGUGUGUGUUCCAGUACGUCUGCAGGCUCUUGUAGUGUUCUCUCCCGAUUUUGUAUUCCUGCACUGAGGGGACUGUGCUUCCUCCAAAUUCCCCUCCUCUUUUUUAACAUAUACCUCACCUUCUGCCUUAGUUCCGAUUUGUUGAAAUGAUUGUAAGACGACAACUUUUCUCCAAUCAUUUUGUUUCUGAAGAAAAAAAGAGAUUCUAAUAUAUUAAGAAAAUGUUCUCCUUUUAUUUUUGUACGUAUGUGCUGUGCACAGCAGUCAACUGUAUUACUGAGCUGAGAAUAAAAGUUUGUUUUUUAA